UGUGUAGGCAAUGAAUUGGCAGUGCUGCAACAUGUCUGUGGAUGUCUUUGGGAGCCCUGGUGGGCUUUUCCUUCUACGGUACAAAUGAUUAAACUGGGUCCAACAGUAUUUACAUCAUGGGAUUGGUACUGGAAUGGAUAAAGAAUAAUGGUGGAGCUGCAGCUAUGGAUAAACUUAGUUUAAUCAAGUCACAGAUGAUUUAUGAUAUUAUAGACAAAUCUAAUGGAUUUUAUGCAUGUCCAGUGGAGAGAAAGAACCGAAGCAGAAUGAAUGUACCUUUCCGCAUUGGCAGUGUCAAGGGCGAUGAAGCCCUGGAAAAGAAAUUUCUUGAGAAGGCUGUGGAACUUAACAUGAUAUCUCUGAAAGGACAUCGGUCUGUGGGAGGAAUCCGUGCCUCUUUAUAUAAUGCGGUGACUGUAGAAGAUGUUCAAAAGCUUGCAACAUUCAUGAGAAGUUUCAUGAAGAUGCAUCAGUCAUAAAUGCCCAUGGGUUAGAGUCAUGCUGCACAUCUAAUAAAUAAAAGCUAAAGGGUUUUAACGUUACUGUGGUACUGCACGGCUGUAGCACACAAGUUUGAUUUUCUUUUAGUUCCUGUAGCAAUUUUAAUUUCCUGAAUGGAACAGAGGCCCAGUCUUGCAAUGAUGUGGUGACUUUGGCUUUGCUGAAGGUGAGGAUCCCUAGACUGAUCAAUCACUGAUUGUGAUUGAUUCCAGAAUUUGAAAAUGUGUGGUUAAAACAUGACUAACAUUGUAAGAUGCUGUGGAUCUGAGUCUGUUUCUCACUUCUGGUUACAAGUGACUUCAACAAUGCCUUCUUUUUAGUAAAAUUCAGGAUGCAAAAUUUGUCAUGAGCUAUCUGUAAUACUUUACAAAUACUCUGACUGCAUAAUGAAGGUAACCUAACACAGUCUCUAGGGACAUCUAGUUGGUUUAUGGGUUAUAUUCCCACAGUGAACCACCAGUAGUAUUCAGGACUUAACACCAGCAUUCCUAACUUGAGGAUCUGGCCUUCAGAGUACUGCUCCAAUACUAGAAGUACUAUCAUAACCAUUGCAAGUAAUUGUGGUUAAAGUCUGCUGGACUGGGCUUUUCUUCCUAUUAACAUUUAUUAGUUUAAAGCUAAGAUUCAUGAGUCUGAUGAAAUAAAUUUCUAAGAUGUUUUUUAUUUCUGUAUGCAUUUUGUGUAUUAAAAUCCUAGGUUAUUAAUGUUAUAUUCUUAUUUUGGAACAUGCAUAUUUUCUGCUGCAGAAAAUUUACUUUCCAUUUGUUAACCUUGUGCCAGACAGAAUUGCUAUAUUCCACACAAUGGGCCUGUGACUUUCUCUGCACCAACUUUGAGUCCAAAGUGCAGUAGACUUCUUAGACAUCUGGUGUUUCUUAAGUGUUUUCCUUCUCUACUUGCUCCAGUAUUUGUUCUGCCUUUUCAUUCUUUCAGUCCUGUAGCUUUUUAUAUGUGGAACUUUUUCCAGCUGGAGUAAAUAGUAGUCUUCUCUGCCUUUUCCUGACACAACAGUGUACUUUUGGUCCCACUUUCUCACUUGAUCCUUUUAGCUUACUGCAGACGUUGUUACUCUGAUCUAGAGAGGUCACUGUGGUUAUGCAAAGAUCUCCAGAAUAUCUUCUGUUAUAGAACCCUUGAGUUACUUUUUUUUCUCAGCUUAUGACAUUACUGCCAAUGCCCAUAUAUUGAGCUUAAUCUCCUAAUUAAACUUAUGUAGAAGAUGUCUGCUACGGUUUAGCAUUGCUACAGCUGGUUUCAGACUAAACUCUUUGGCACACAAUGGGGAUUUCUUUUUUCUUUUUUUUUUUUUCCUUAAUUUUUAUUUUUGUGUAACAUCAGUACAGUGGUAACAAUAUAUUAAUGAUAAUGAUGUAUUAUCCCUUUGUUGAUGGAACCUCAGAGCAAGUCAAUGGAAUGUGCUGGGGCUGACUUACAUUCCUAUCUGAAAAUUCAUCAUUACUGUGGAGAUUUUUGUCAACUUAGUGUAACCCAAAGUAUGUAAAUUAUGUGAAAACAAUAAAAUUUAAUCAUGUCAUGAUGUGAAGUA